AUGAGGACUCUUCUUAAAGAAUUCAGUUAUGAAAAUAAAAUAGAUUUAGAAACCUUAAUUUUGAGUUCUUGUGAAAUUAAUUAAGAUAAUGGACAGCUUUAAUUGAAAAAAGAAUUAAAAUUGCAUUUUUAUGAACCUAUAUAUGCUUGCUAUAAUGAGAAGAUCAAAGAGAAGAUUAAUGAUAAAUUGCAAAUGUAAAAUGUCAAAUUUGUUGAGAUAUUUGGAUCCUCAUUAGAAUACGAACUGAAAUAUUAUGGUACACCAAAAUCAACACUGACUAAUAUUAGAUAUGAAAUUCUAAAUAAUUCUAAAAGAUUUAGAGAAUAAUUUAUAAUCCAACAAGGAACUUAUUAAUUAAUUGGAUGCAACAUUAAAAAUUUACAAGAGAAUGCCAUUUACAUUAAUUUAUGA